AUGGCCGAGGCACUGGAGGAAGCGGGCGGCGGGAGCGCCAGGCUGGCAAAGGAUUUGUUUUCCGGCGCUGUGGGCGGCAUUGCACAGGUGUUGAUCGGUGAGCAUGUGAAGACGGUCGGAAUGAGGUGGUGGAUCGUCUGUGAAGAUGCUGGGCUAACCCGUGGCAAGGUCAACCGUUUGGUAAGCUCUAAAUUUCGAGAAGCGUGGCACGACACCGCCGAGACUGAUUCCAAUGAUGCCCAGACAUUGUCAAGGUUCGAUUGCAGACCACGACACAGUACAAAGGCGCACUGGACUGCGCGUCUCAGAUCCUCAAGAACGAGGGCGCCACGGCGUUCUACAAGGGCACUCUCACUCCACUCAUCGGGAUCGGAGCGUGCGUGUCCGUCCAGUUUGCCGCCUUCAACUAUGCCCGGCGCGUGCUGGAGGAGCGGAAUGCCGCCAGACUCCAGACGUCGGUCGAGAGAUUGGAACAGGAAGCGCAACCGUUGAGUUAUGCACAGUACUACGCCGCGGGAGCUUUUGCCGGGCUCGCCAACACCCUCCUCUCCUCCCCCAUCGAGCACGUCCGGAUCCGUCUGCAGACCCAGCCUCACGGAGCCAACAGACUCUACACGGGGCCCGGCGACUGCAUCGCGCAGCUCUCCCGCUCGCCAUCCAUCGCCAUGGGCCUCUACCGCGGCACCAGCGUCACGCUCCUCCGCGAAGCCCAAGCCUACGGAUUCUGGUUCCUCACCUUCGAAUACCUCAUGAACCAGGACGCCAAGCGCAACGGCUACGCGCGCAGAGACAUCCCGACGUGGAAGAUCGCCACGUACGGCGGGUUGGCGGGCGAGAUGCUGUGGAUCUCGAGUUAUCCGUUGGACGUGAUCAAGUCCAAGAUGCAGACGGACGGGUGGGGCGAGAAGCAGCGGUAUAAGUCGAUGCGUGAUGCCUUUGCGCAGACGUUCCGGCAGGAGGGCCUGAUGGGCUUCUGGCGGGGCGUGGGACCGACGUUGCUGAGGGCGAUGCCGGUCAGCGCGGGUACGUUCGCGACGGUGGAGCUGACGAUGCGGCUGAUCAGCUGA